AUGAGUCAGGUCAUUUCAUUGAUCAUUGUCAUGCCUGAAAAUUUACGAACUUAGAGCUACAUAAAGUGAAAAUCAAACCAGAAAAAAGAGAAGACACAUAUUAUUUUUGUCCGACCCCAUGACAUGUCAAUUGACAAGCAUUAGAAAGCAGAACAAAGAGAAUAAGGGUCAAAAAGAGAUCCCCCGACGACGCAAGCCAGUAAGUGCAGUAGCAAGGUCAUCACGCCCCUCGUGUUGCAAGCAGAGCACAAGAGGACAAGGGCGGCAAAAAUUAGAUAACCAAAGAAUGGAGGCGGUGCCUCCAUAAUAGUGGUUAAACUAUUAAGAACAGAUACUACACUUGAUCUAAGCCAAAAGGCCAGAGUGGU